AUGUCCACCAAACGCCAGUCGUCAAGAUUGGCAGCUCAAUCGUCAGCCAAUGGCACCACUGCAACUAACAAUGAUGUGGAGACUCCCAAAAAGAAACAAAAAACUGACACACCUUUGAAAGAGGAGUCGGAACCAGCAAAGAAUGACGUCGCUAAGUCCCAGGAUUUGCAAGUGGGUGACGAAAUUCCUGAUCUCGUGUUGCUUGAUGAAGACGAAAAUGAAGUCAAUUUGAGAAAGGCAGCCGCAAGCACAAAGUACCUAGUAAUUUUCGCCUACCCCAAGGCUUCAACUCCUGGUUGCACGAGACAAGUAUGCGGAUUCCAGAAGAAUUUCAAAUUCUUGAAAGACUCUAACACAACUGUAUUUGGUAUUUCAAGCGACACCCCCAAGGCUCAGAAAAAUUUCAUUACCAAGCAGGGCUUGGAGUAUUCACUUCUUUCGGACCCGAAUAAAAAGUUGAUCGGGCCAUUGGGGGCUAAAAAGCUGCCCCUGGGCAUUAAACGCUCUCACUGGAUCUUUGUGGAUUCAGUACUCAGAGUAAAACUGAUUGGUAUCAGCCCAGAAAUUAGUAUCAACUCAGCAAAAGAAGAAAUCGAGAAUUUCAUCAAAAAGGAAAAGCUGAAGGACAAUCUGGAGGACGAUGUGAAGGAGGAGCUGAAGGAGGAACAAAAGGAGCUGAAAUAA